CGCAUCCGCUCCGGGCUGCGCCCCGGGGAGCCGGCGACGGGGGCGGGCGGGGGUGCCCCCGCCGUCCUGGGCGCCUCAGCAGUGCCAGCGCUGGCCCCCAGUCUGCCUCAUGAGACCAGUCCACCUUCAAGGACUGCAGCUGGCAGUGUGGGCUGGGGGCAGGGUCUGGAGAGCUUCUCAGAGUUGGUGGGCCAGAGCUUGAUCCAUUUGGAGGGCUGGAGGUGAACACAGGGAGAGCCUGCCUGAAGGGAAGGACAAGAUUGUCUGCGCUCUGUCUUAGUGGGGUUCUGGGCAGUGGGGUGUGGAUCCAUGGGGUAGCCCCAGUGCCUCCGUCCUCUGCCCCAGCUGGCUCAUGGGCUACCUGGCCCUGUGCAGCCUCAGCACCCAAGGCCAGUGAACAGAGCCCUGGCUGAAGUCCAAAUAUGUGGGGCCUGGUGAGACUCCUGCUGGCUUGGCUGGGUGGCUGGGGCUGCAUGGGGCGUCUGGCAGCCCCAGUCCAGGCCUGGGCAGGAUCCCGGGGGCACCCAGGGCCUGCACUGCUGCGGACCAGAAGGAGCUGGGUCUGGAACCAGUUCUUUGUCAUUGAGGAAUAUGCUGGUCCAGAGCCCGUCCUCAUUGGCAAGCUGCACUCGGAUGUUGACCGAGGUGAGGGCCGCACCAAGUACCUGCUGACUGGGGAAGGAGCAGGCACUGUAUUUGUGAUUGACGAGGCUACAGGCAAUAUCCAUGUCACCAAGAGCCUGGACCGGGAAGAAAAGGCACAGUAUGUGUUGCUCGCCCAAGCCGUGGAUCGAGCCUCUAACAGGCCUUUGGAGCCUCCCUCAGAGUUCAUCAUCAAAGUACAAGACAUCAACGACAACCCACCUGUGUUUCCCCUUGGGCCCUACCAUGCCACAGUGCCCGAGAUGUCCAACGUGGGGACAUCAGUGAUCCAGGUGACUGCUCAUGAUGCUGAUGACCCCAGCUAUGGGAACAGUGCCAAGCUAGUAUACACUGUGCUAGAUGGACUGCCAUUCUUCUCUGUGGACCCCCAGACUGGAGUGGUGCGAACUGCCAUCCCCAACAUGGACCGGGAGACACAAGAGGAGUUCCUGGUGGUGAUCCAGGCCAAGGACAUGGGCGGCCACAUGGGGGGGCUGUCGGGCAGCACUACAGUGACCGUCACCCUCAGCGAUGUCAACGACAACCCCCCCAAGUUCCCUCAGAGCCUGUACCAGUUUUCUGUGGUGGAGACAGCGGAGCCUGGCACUGUUGUAGGCCGGCUGCAGGCACAAGACCCAGACCUAGGAGACAACGCUCUCAUGGCAUACAGCAUCCUGGAUGGGGAAGGUUCAGAGGCCUUCAGCAUCAACACUGACUCCCAGGGUCGAGAUGGGCUCCUCACUGUCCGCAAGCCCUUAGACUUUGAGACCCGCCGCUCCUACUCCUUCCGUGUGGAAGCCACCAACACACUCAUUGACCCAGCCUACUUGCGGCGAGGGCCCUUCAAGGACGUGGCUUCUGUACGAGUGGCUGUGCAGGAUGCCCCAGAGCCACCCUUCUUCACCCAAGCUGCCUACCAGCUGGCAGUGCUGGAAAACAAGGCUCCUGGGACCCUGGUGGGCCAGAUCUCAGCCAUGGACCUGGACUCCCCCGCCAGCCCGAUCAGGUACUCCAUCCUACCCCACUCGGAUCCAGAGCGUUGCUUCUCCAUCGAGCCUGAAGACGGCACCAUCAGAACAGCAGUGCCCCUGGACCGUGAGGCUCGUGUCUGGCACAACCUCACUGUGCUGGCCACAGAGCUUGACAGUUCUGCACAGGCCUCCCGUGUCCAAGUGGCCAUCCAGACUCUGGAUGAAAACGACAACGCUCCUCAGCUAGCUGAGCCCUACGACACCUUUGUGUGUGACUCCGCAGCCCCUGGCCAGUUGAUUCAGGUCAUCAGGGCCCUGGACAGAGAUGAAGUUGGCAACAGUAGCCGAGUCUCCCUUCAAAGUCCUCUAGGCCCUGAUGCCAACUUUACUGUCCAAGAUAACCGAGAUGGCUCCGCCAGCCUGCUGCUGCCCUCCCGCCCUGCUCCGCCCCGCCAGGCCCCGUACCUGGUUCCCAUAGAACUGUGGGACUGGGGACAGCCAGCACUGAGCAGCACUGCCACAGUGACUGUCAGCGUGUGCCGCUGCCUACCUGACGGCUCCGUGGCGUCCUGCCGGGCCGAGGCUCAGCUCUCACCCACUGGACUCAGCACUGGUGCCCUCCUUGCCAUUGUCACCUGUGUGGGCACCCUGCUUGCCCUGGUGGUGCUCUUCGUGGCCCUGCGGCGGCAGAAGCAGGAAGCACUGAUGGUUCUGGAGGAGGAGGAUGUGCGCGAGAAUAUCAUCACCUACGACGAUGAGGGUGGCGGCGAAGAGGACACCGAGGCCUUCGACAUCACCGCCCUACAGAAUCCCGAUGGGGCGGCUCCACCGGCGCCCGGGCCUCCUGCCCGUCGCGAUGUGCUGCCCCGGGCGCGGGCCCCACGCCAGCCACGGCCACCAGGCCCUGCCGACGUGGCUCAGCUGCUGGCACUGCGGCUGCGUGAGGCGGACGAGGACCCCGGGGUGCCCCCCUAUGACUCGGUGCAGGUGUAUGGCUACGAGGGCCGAGGCUCCUCUUGCGGCUCACUCAGCUCACUAGGUUCCGGCAGUGAGGCGGGCGGCGCCCCCGGCCCCGCAGAGCCACUGGACGACUGGGGCCCGCUCUUCCACACCCUGGCUGAGCUGUACGGGGCCAAGGAGCCCCCAGGCCCCUGAGCCCCGGGCAGCCCUUCCAGGCCCUCUGAGUGAGCCCCAGGGUCCAGGCAGGUGGCAGCAGCCCAGGGGCCGGCCUCACCCCCGCCUGUGACCUUCAGGGCAUCCUUGCUGUGACCCCCCCACCACUCCUGAGUCUGUGUGUCUCCCCAGGGAUCUCUGUCUGUCUGUGGCACUCUGUCCAGGUCUGGGCUUUGUAGCCCUAACCCUGAACCUCUGCUGUCUCACUGUGACUCCUUUAUCUGUGACUGUUUUUGUCUUUGUCUGGGUCUCGCUCUGUCUCCCUUACCCACACACAUGCUGUGUCUCUCCAGCCCGCAUCUCCCCUUCUUUUCUCUGGGUCCCUGUUUCUGGUUCUUUGGGUUUUUUUGGUUAUUGUUGUCCAUCCUAAAGCAAGAGAAACUUCCAGCCACUGCUGCCCACUCUCCUGCAGGGAAUACUCUGCCCCAGACCUGCCCGCAUGGUUCCAUCCAUCACUCAUGGCCUCAUCCUGGCUCUUCGGCCUCCAGCUGGAGGGAGCCGCCUCAGGGCUGCGGGAGCUCCAGCCCCCACUCAGCCACCUCCCUGGAGCUCUGCCCAGCUGUUAGCCUGCCCUGGGCUCCCCAGCUCUGGGCAUUGUCUUGUGUGCUUCCCAGGCCCCAGGGGAG